CUCAGAAGCCAUUUUGAGAUGAUGUCCCUGUUGAGAAAGCCUGUGAAGAUGCUGAAAUCAACGAACAUGGUUACAUUUCUGUCUGUUUCUCCCUCCGUCUCCUCUAUUUCACCAUGGCAGCUGUCAACCGACGGGACAUUAGCAAAGCGGGGUAUCAAGCUGCGCUCACAGAGUUAAAACGUCAUUGAUAUGAAAGAGGAGAGUGUCUGUUUACUGUCUCUGUCGAGACAUGUAACACCGUGAGUCUUUUCCAGUCUGAAAUCUUCCAGCAUCUCUCACAAACCAACGUCUCCUUGAGUGACUGAAUUAAUUCACUCUUGUACCGGGGAGAAGGGAGGCAGAUCCGUUUUUUCACCAAUGGCUUCUGUGAGCCUGGUUUCCAGUCCCCCAGCCCCUGUUCUUGACAAAAACAUGACAGACUCUGAGCUUGCAGGGGAUGAAAGAGAGGAUGGUGAACUUGAAGAUGGAGAAAUAGAUGAUGAAGGGAUUGGAAUUGAAGAGGACAACAAGGAGGCUACAGAGGCUAAUGAAGAGAAAGAGAAGGAAAGGGAGAAAGAAAAAGAGAAAAUUAAAGAGAAAGAAGAAAAGGUUCACAGACACUCCAGGAAACGAUACAGAAAGACCCGAGAGAAGAGGAGGUCUAAAAGAAGGAGACGCGAUAGACCGAAACAUCACUCCCCCUCCAGCAGCUCCAGCUCCGACAGUUACGACUCUGACUAUGACCGACCGGAAAGGCCCAAAAACAGGAAGAGCCUGGGGUCUAAUCGAGAGUCUGAUGGCCAGUCCUCUCAGCAUUCAAAGGGAGGCAACACACACAAGUCCCCGCCGCACAAGAGCAGUGAUUUCGACAAAUACAGCGACUACAGUGACGACAAGUACGACUACGAUGACGAGGAGGACGAUUAUGACGAUGACAUGUCCGAGUAUCAGCAGUCAAAAGAUUCGUCAAGUCAAGGAAAGGGACGGCACGCUAAAGACCAGAUGAACAGAGGAAACAUGAGGGGGAUGAAGCAACAACAGUAUGGGCAGAGGGGAAGAGGCAGAGGGAGUGGACCCGGGAGAGGACGUGGAAUGCUAAACAAGAACAAGAAGCUGAAGGGCAAACCCUGGGGAGGACGUGGACGAGGUCGAGGAGGAGAACAGGGAAUGGAAGACCUGCUACAGGAAGGAAAAAAUUCCUCUGGAUUUCAGAAGAAGCGGCCAAUAAUGAGCAAGGAAUUUAUCAAUCAGCAUACUGUUGAACACAACGGGAGGUACAUCUGCAAGUAUUUCCUGGAGGGCCGGUGCAUCAAGGGCGAGCAGUGCAAGUUUGAACAUGAGCUUGUUAUACCAGAUAAGAAAAAGGAGCUUUGUAAGUUUUACCUUCAAGGAUACUGCAGUAAAGGAGAUAAUUGCAUUUACAUGCACAAUGAAUACCCGUGCAAGUUCUUCCAUACUGGAGCCAAAUGUUAUCAAGGAGACAACUGCAAAUUCUCCCACGAACCUUUGACCGAUGUGACCAAGGAGUUGCUUGAUAAGAUAAUUAAUACUGAAGAGGAGAAUGCCCGGGAGGAUGAGUUGGAGCUGGAGGACCUUAGAAAGCAGGGUAUUUCGCCACUUCCAAAGCCUCCUCCUGGUGUUGGACUGCUGCCCACUCCUGGUCAGAGCAGUCCUACAGAUGGAGCAGGGAAGAAGAUCCCCUCUCUUUUUGAAAUCAAAGUUCAACCAACUGUAGACUUGGCACAAAAAAUCGGUCUGAGUGGAUCCAACUACCCUCAGAAUCAAGGAGAAUGCACAGGUCAGUUUACUGGAGAUUCAGAGGACACGCAGAGCAGCAGUAUGGUGCCUUCAGGCUCUUCUGUUCCUCCCCCUGGAUCGCCUGUCCCCGUGGGUCACCCCACUGUGCCACCGAUGCCACAAAGCCCACCAGGCCAGCACCCACCACAUGGCUUUCCGAUGCAGCCGCCGAUCCCCCCCAGUCAACCUCCACCUUUCCAUGGAAACCGACCUAAUAUAAACCCACAGAUGAAUAUACAGAGGCCUCCGUUCCCCCCUAUACCAGAUCUGCAGAUGGCACAAAAUCUCUUCCCUUUUCCAUCUGUGGGUCAGAACCCAGUAGACUUCCUUAGCAGCUUCCUCCGAAACCAAACAGUUGGUCAACAAGGAGUAGACCCUAGUCUGGCCUUCAUACAGAAUCUCCAGCAGCAGAUUGGUGCAGAGUCACAGUUACAGUCUUUACCACCAGCAGUACAGAAAGCCAUCCUCUUACACCUGACACAGCAGCAACAACAACAACAGGAGUCAAAUCCACAGGGGAGUGAAGCACAGAGAGCAGAUGGCCAGGAUGAAAAUGCAAGCAGAGAUGAAACUACAAACUGGUACUCAAGCGAUGAUGAGGAUGGGAGCUGUGUUUCCUCCAUUCUUAAAUCUCUGAAGAAGCAGAAUGAGAUGCAGCAGUCUCAGACCAAGACUGCCCCAGUGGCUUCAGCACUGGGUGAUCCCCGCCUUAUCAAGGAGAGGGCUCCACCCAGUGAUCCACGUGUCAAGGCCGACCCUAGACAGCGACCCCCAGAUGUAAAAAAGGAGUCAGACGGAGCUUCGGAUCCACGGCUUUCCAGAGACCCCAGGAAAAUUAGACCAGUAGAACCAAGUUCAUAUCGCCAGCAGAGCCAACCUGUUCAUCAAAAGCCGCUUACAGGAGAGGAUGAUGAUGAAGGAGAGAGGGAACUCAGGGACAGAGCUGUUCUUAUCCCUUUAGAUGCCAGCCCAGGCGUGGUCCUGAGAGACCCUCGAUGCCAGUUAAAGCAGUUUAGUCAUAUUCGGGUUGACAUUCUGCUCCAGCGGCCUGUCUUUGCUCAGACAGUCGUGUGGGCCCCUGAGGAUCUCAUCCCCUCCCUCGUGCCCAAACAGGAGCACUCCAUCAACCUGCCUCUUCCACCUCUCAUUGCUGAUGCUCAAAUGAACCGAACAAACCUGCCCGACCAUCCCCCAGUCUCCAGCCCUCCGCUGGCUGAUCCCAGACUGGCGGCUGCACGUUUAAAGGAACGUAUGAGUCGAUUGCCCAGUGGUUCUCUAGAGUCUCGGUCUUCUACGGAGAGACCUGUAGACCCACGCCAGCAAAAGUCUUUGGACCCCAGACUCAAACGUACAGGCAGUCUAGAUUCCAAGCUGCUGGGUCAGAAAGAGCCCUACUCUGGGGGAGGACCUGUGGACCCCAGGCUACAGAAGGCCAGUGCCAGUCCCUCUCCUCAUGCUGCUCGAGCCCAGCCAGAGCCAGAGAGGCUUCCACCAUAUGCUCCUCGACUGGCAUCCUCUGGUGGAGGGUUGGAGAGUCCCACUACGAUCCUGGGAGGCAUCAGCCUGUAUGAUCCUCGUUCUCAAACCGAGCAGGUUCAGAAGGAACAGGCUGAUCCUCCUAAAAAGACGGGGAUUCUUAAACAGCCGGCUAAGAAAGACAACACAGCAGCACCAGCACUGUCACCAACCCAACGAAGUGGAUCGUUCGAAGAAGUUAAAAGCACAGAUGUUGCAGAUCAGACUCCACCUUCCACUUCUCCUACAGCGCCUCCUGCCUCACCUGCCAAACCCCCUGCCGUUCAUAAUCUCCCCAUCCAGGCUCUGGCUGGGCUAAUCCGACCCCAGUACACUGACCCGAGGCAGGCUAAACAGGGAGGACAGGGCUCUACAGGGGCACAGGAAGAGGCAGAGGAAAAGAAGGAGCAGGAGGAGGAGGAGGCUACGGAAGAAGAACUAAAACAAGAAGAUCCAGAGGAGGAGGCAGAUGACAGGACACUAAAGGAUGUGUUUAAGACUUUUGACCCCACUGCUUCCCCUUUCUGUCAAUAAACACCCAACUGUUUGUUGCAACAGAUACGUAUAUUGACAUACCUAUUAAUCUUUAUUUACACAGAUCUAUUUAUUUCUUUAUAUAAAGCUGUAGAAAACCAAACACUACACCACACAUUUGUCAGUAAGGAGUUGAUGCUGGAUACACACACAGAGUAUAGUUUCCUGUAACAUAGUCGUAUUAAAGCUUAGAGCUGUGUUUUGAAUGUGCGUAUGGCAAGGUUUUUACUUUUGUGUAAUUUUUACAGAUGUUCUGAACAAUCAGAGAAAAAGAAACAUGUAAAAGUUUUACUAAAGCCUGACCCAGAUGUUGUUUCACUUUAGAUGCAAAGAGAUUAUGCUAAUGAAUCAAAAAAGCAAAAAAAAUUUCCUGGGAGAAUUCUUUUGUAAUUACAUAUUUAUUCUCUUUUAUAUUAUGAGGUCUACCGUAUAUGUUGAUACUCAUCUUUAUGGUAAAGGAUUUUUUUUUUUUUUGGAACAUUCACAUUUUUUUAGUGCAGUGAUUUUUUUUUUUUUUUUCAGUUGCUGACGUGAUCAGGUCAGAUAUUCAGAACGGAAUCCUUUUCAGUGUGACACUGAUGUUGUGAGUAGAUUACCCUGAUUUUCCAUUUCACACAACUCUACAACUAAGCUGGCUUGCAGAGGUUUUUGCACUAAAAGAGACAGUUCCCGUCUUUAGUGACUACAUCGCUGGACUCUUAUUGUUUUAGGUGGUCCAAAUCCUUUGAGGAUGUUCUUGACUUUUCUAACAUUGGAAAAAAAAAAAAAAAAAAAAGAUUUGCCAUUGCUGCUCUUCAUAAUUCUUGAAGAAGCUUGUAAGUAGCAGGGAAAAUGUGUUCAAACACGCCGUUAAUCAGUAUACAGAGAAGUAGUACUAUCUUGAUAACACUGCAGCUGUAAGUAUAUAUGUUACAAAUGUGACCUCGAUGACUAUUUUUACUGUUGAAUUUUGUCGAAUAUGAACCUAAAAGAGGCUAUAUGUGUGUGCUGCAAAGAGUGAAAGUUGUAGACUUAAAAUGAAAUAUUGUUUGGCAGUUUGUUUUAAGUCGUAGUUCUCCGUUUGACUGAAACUAAGCUAUUUACUUUUUUUAAAUUUUCAUAAUUCACAAUGUAAAUGCUUAUUUUGUAUCACGUGUACAGUGUGUUUUGGAGUGUUUUUUUUUUUUUUUUUUUUUUUUUUUUAAAUGUCAGCGUGGGUCAGUAUGGCGGUAAUGGUUGUCAUGAUAUUGUAUGAUAUUUUAACACCACAUAUGCCAAUCAUUUCAGUGAGUUUGUUAUAAAUA